AACUAACUCUUUGCAGUCGAACUCCGGGAUGUUUCUAACAAGGUUAAUAUGCCUGAAACGAAAACCUAUGAAAAAUACGACUGCAAAGAAUUAAACCGGUAUCUACGGACAGGCAAAUCGAAGCAAAUUAAGCUACCUUUUCACUUGCUGCGUUGUUGCAAAAUUGAAUGCAGGAAAGCGCACUGAUUGGCUCAAGAUUCUUCUGUUAUGCAUGAUGGCUAUCUACCUAUUUUCAGCCAAUUGAAACAUUUUACUGCAUGGAAUUGUGCAGCAAUGCAGCAAGUAAAAAUAUAUCUUCAAGACAACUUGUAGAAUGAACCAUGGCAUGGAAGUAGAAUCGUAAAGAUUCAUGGGGAUCAACGAGUUUAAACGAUUAUAUCGUAUAAAUUUUGAAGCACUUAUCUAUGUGCAAUUAAUUGUCGCCUCUUGAAGUGGACAAUCGCGUUCGUCACAUUUGAUUUAUUAGCGAUUUGCAUAUAAUUGCAUAUAAUUCAGUUAAUAUUCAUACCACUGCUAAAGAAAUAGGAUUCACUUAGCAAUAUGGGAAGUGCAGAAGCAGUAACGAGCGUUAAGAAGCUUUUAAUUGAUAAUAUUGAUAAUAACGAUGAGUACGGUCAAAACUUAAAAAUAUUGCCAUCUAAUGAUCAAGUUAAAGAGCUGCAAACCAUUCUACGCGACAAGAACACUACAAGACAUGAUUUCAAGUUUUAUGCUGAUCGUUUGAUUAGACUGGUUAUAGAAGAAAGUUUAAACCAAUUGCCAUUUACAGAAUGUAUUGUAACUACGCCAACAGGUGCCAAGUACAAAGGCUUAAAAUAUCAAAAAGGCAAUUGUGGAGUAUCUAUUGUGAGGAGUGGAGAAGCUAUGGAACAGGGUUUACGAGAUUGCUGUCGUAGCAUACGCAUAGGUAAAAUACUUGUAGAAAGUGAUGUGGAUACACAUGAAGCUAAAGUUGUUUAUGCAAAAUUUCCUGAUGACAUAUCGGAAAGAAAAGUUCUAUUAAUGUAUCCAAUAAUGAGCACCGGAAAUACUGUGAUAAAAGCAAUUGCUGUAUUAAAGGAGCAUAAUGUGCUUGAAGAGAAUAUUAUUCUCUCUAAUUUAUUUUGUACGCCAUUUGCUGCCAGAACUCUUGUCACUGCCUUCCCGAAGAUGAAGAUCUUGACAUCGGAGAUUCAUCAAAUAGCACCAAAUCACUUUGGACAAAAAUACUUUGGCAGUACGUAUUGCGGUGUAAUGGGACCGACAGGCAUAAGUGGAAGCUAUUGUGAUAAAAACAUUAUAUAGCCUUGAAGUUUUAACAAUUAAUGUUAUGAGAAAAAGUAAAGAUGCACGAUGGACAUAUGGCAAAGAAGUAUGAAACACCUAUUUUGAUAGGUAUUCCUGUCAAAUUCGAAAACGUAUUUCUUUGCGCUUUUUAUGAUACAAUCUUAUUAUAUAACAACUAAAAUUUUUGUUUCUCAAUUUCGUAGUAUCCUAAUUUUGGAAAAAAUAAUCAGUACCCUGACAGAUCUACAGAUGAGAGAUGAUACAGACUACAAUCAAGUACUACAUCCCACAACUUAAAGUUAUUUACAAAAUUUAUGUUACAUUUUGUUACAAAUGCACUAGAAACAUUUCGCAUACCUCUUAUCCAUGAUACUUCCGGCUUUACUGCUACUUUAAAAGUUGCAUUUGAAAAACAAAUUGAGUAUGAUUAUUUGAUAUUUGCAACAUUCUUGCUCUACCAAGAUGUGCGUAUUCUUUGAAAUAUGACUUCGCCUCCAAAAAUAUAAUCUGUGCAAUUACAAAACUUAUAGCGAUAACUAAAUCUUAUGUCAAUGAUAAUAAAUUGAUCAACAGCUAGGAGCACAAAAAUAUUUUGGUAUUUACAUACUUUACUAGACCAUAACAAGAAUAGAUAUUAAAUGUCUACGAAGUAGUAUAUUGAAUACAUUGGUAAAUUGCAUCGUUUAUCAUAUUCCUGCUGCUUUAUUGAUUAAAAAAUAACAAAGUACUUGAAAUUACUCAUAAACCAGCCUUGUAUUUUCUUCAUAAAAUGAAUAACAUUAUACAUAAGUUCUGUUGAAAUUUAACGUGUACUCGACUGUGUUCCAAAAAGUAUAAGUGAAAUAUCAAAUUCUUUGUAACAGUUGAAUUGUUUUGUAUAAUUUAUUUCAAUGUAUUUAUUAGUAAAUCCAUAUAUGUAUAUAACAAUAAUCCUUAUAUCGCAUACAUAUCAAAUGUAUAAUGAAAUUAUCCAUGUAUUUUCAAAUAUUUCAAUGUAUUAAGAUUUAUUUAAUGUAACAUUAAUAUCUAACAACUAUUAAUUAAUAUUGUACAGCUUCGUGUUCCAGUAAUCAACGUAUUUAAUUUGUAUUUAAUUAUACAUUUGAAUCACUCACAGGGUUUAAAAUGUGUUUCAAAUGAAACACAUAAAGUACUUAAGCUGACAAAAGGUAUUCGUUUCCCCGUCGUACGCGAUAUAAAUAUAUUUAACGUUGUUUCGAAUCAAGCUAAGUAUUUGUCUCAUUUAACGGGAUUUAUUAUACAUUUACAAAAAAAGACAAGAAAUUUAAGUCGCUUUCUGAAUUAAUACAUAUACACAGAAUACCUCUGUGUUUCAAUUUUAGGUCCCUAGCAAGCGAUAAGCGAACGAAUUAUAAAUAUAAUGGGAUACAUAUAAUAUGAAAAUGCAGUGAUUAUAUUUAAAAAUAAAAUACCUUCCUAUGGAGCAUAUAUAUUAGUCAAGAGCAGGAGUAUUGUACG